GCGAGGCAGCUUUCAGAAAGGAAACAAUAGCGGUAAGAAGAAUAUGACGGAAACAAACCAGAUGGAAAUGGCAGAAGAAGCAAAAACAACAGAAGUGGAAACUAAGCUGAAAGAUCGAAAGUUAUCAUGGGCAAAGCUACGUCGCGUCGACUCCCUCAAUUUGGAGGCUGGAAGAGUUUCCAUGCCUCGUAGCCACACCUCUAAGAUCAAUUGGAAGAGGACGUUGAGCUUGGCAUUUCAAAGCGUUGGAGUAGUAUAUGGAGACAUAGGAACCUCUCCACUUUACGUAUAUGCAAGCACUUUCACCGACGGCACUAUUCACGAAAACGAGGACAUUCUCGGGGUAUUGUCCCUCAUCAUCUAUACCAUAGUGCUCGUGCCCAUGAUUAAGUACGUCUUCAUCGUGCUUAGAGCCAACGAUCAUGGUGACGGUGGAACAUUUGCACUCUAUUCGUUGUUAUGCCGGUAUGCAAAGGUGAGCUUAAUUCCAAAUGACCAGCCAGAGGACAGUCAACUAUCUAACUACAAGCUUGACACGCCAUCUAGUCAGUUGAGACGGGCUCAAGAGAUAAAAGAGAAGAUGGAAAGUAGUAAAACCAUUAAAAUCGUACUUUUCCUAGUAACCAUUCUGGGAACUUCUAUGGUCAUUGGAGAUGGCGUCCUAACUCCAUGCAUAUCAGUUCUUUCAGCAGUGAGUGGGAUCAAGUCCCUUGGUGAAGAUACCGUUGUGGGUGUUUCAAUUGCAAUCUUGAUUGUCCUAUUCACUCUUCAGCGGUUGGGCACCGAUAAAGUGGGCUACGCUUUCGCCCCAGUUAUCUUCUUGUGGUUUUCAUUCAUUGGUGGAAUCGGUCUUUUCAACUUGUUCAAGUAUGAUCUUGGUGUAUUACGUGCCUUCAAUCCAAAAUAUAUAAUCGAUUACUUCAAAAGAAAUGGCAAGCACGGAUGGAUUUCACUUGGUGGGGUAGUUCUAUGCAUUACAGGGACUGAAGCUAUGUUUGCUGAUCUAGGUCACUUUAGCGUCAGGGCAAUUCAAAUUAGUUUCUCCAGCGUAGUGUUUCCUGCAUUACUAGCUGCAUAUGCUGGGCAAGCAGCAUACCUUUCCAAAUUCCCGAAUGACGUGUCUGAUACCUUCUACAAGUCUGUGCCAGAUCCAUUAUAUUGGCCAAUGUUUGUUGUUGCUGUUGCUGCUGCAAUUAUUGCUAGCCAAGCCAUGAUUUCAGGAGCAUUUUCAAUAGUUGCUCAAUCCUUGAGUCUCAAUUGUUUUCCCAGGGUUAAGAUUGUUCACACUUCUGCUAAGUAUGAGGGUCAGGUUUACAUACCUGAGAUCAACUACAUGCUUAUGGUUGCUUGUGUAAUCGUCACUUUGGCAUUCAGGACAACUGAAAAGAUUGGACAUGCCUACGGAAUUGCUGUGGUUGCUGUUAUGGUUAUGACAACCUGUAUGGUUACACUUAUAAUGCUAGUUAUAUGGAAGGCAAGGGUGUUAUCGGUAACUCUUUUCUUUUUUGUAUUUGGUGCUAUAGAGGUCGUUUAUCUGUCAGCUGUACUAUACAAAUUCAAACAAGGUGGGUACCUUCCAUUAGCAUUAUCUUUUUUCUUAAUGGUGGCCAUGGGGACAUGGCAUUAUGUGCACAGAGAAAGGUACCUAUACGAGCUUAAAAACAAGGUCUCUAGUGAAUAUAUCAGGCAACUGGCGGCAAACGCAAAUAUGAACCAGCUACCGGGAAUAGGACUUUUGUACUCUGAGCUUGUCCAGGGCAUUCCUCCAAUAUUCCCUCACUUCAUUUCCAACAUACCUUCCACUCAUUCAGUUCUAGUGUUUGUUUCAAUUAAGUCUAUUCCAAUAAGUAAGGUGGCAAUCGAGGAGCGAUUUCUGUUCCGACAAAUCGAGCCACAAGAGUACCGUAUGUUCCGAUGUGUUGUGAGGUAUGGAUACAAAGAUGCAAUUGUGGAGUCUCAUGAGUUUGAAAGGCAGCUGGUCGAACACUUGAAAGAAUUCAUCCGGCACGAAUACUUCAUUCAUGAAGAAGGCAACAUUGAAUCAACAUUUGAACCAGAGAACAUCCAACAUUCCAAUCUACUUGUAGAGAAGGAUGGAAAAGGAAGACGAUCAACAACAGUUCAUGUUGAGGAACCACUACAACAGCCUAAUCAGUCAUUCAGCGCACCCCGUGUUUCAUCAGGUUCCAUCCGAUCCAUCAGUGGAAUCAACUUGUCAAAUUCUUCUGCUGGAAUCGCAUCUGCCCAGGUCUCUAAAGGUGCUGAAGACGAGAUCGAGUUUGUACAAAAAGCCAUGGAGAAAGGUGUGGUUUAUCUGCUAGGAGAAACUGAAGUGGUGGCAGAACCAAAAUCAUCCUGGUUCAAGAGACUAGUUGUUAACCACGUGUAUUCUUUCCUGAGGAAGAACUUCAGAACAGGGGAGAAAUUUUUGGCAAUCCCACGAACAAGGAUUCUCAGGGUUGGAAUGACAUAUGAGAUAUGAUAUUGUGCUUGAACUUUGAUGUGGAAAGAAAAUGUGUGCGAGCAUGGUGCCAGUACUUCUGUUGCAGCUUGUUCGCAGCAGAAGUUACUGACUUUUUUAUGUAUAUUUGUAUGAUCGUUGUCAAGAGUGCUCUAUUACAUGUAAUACAAAAGAAUGGCUCUAGAUCGAGCCAUUAAGAUUGUAUUUUAGUGAAUCGGUCUUGCUACUUGUAA